AUGUCAAUAUUCUUUGCAUACUUUCUCUCUUGUAAUAACUCCUCCCUAAUCUUCUUUUCCUGUUUUCUUUCCCUUCCUGUCUUCUUUCUCUUCCUUUCUUCUUUCCCUUCUUUUUUUCUUUCUUUUCUUUCCUUCUUUCUCUUCCUGUCUUCUGUUCCUUCCUGUCUUCUUUCGCAUCCUGUCAUUUUUCCCUUCCUGUCUGCUUUUCAUUUUUAUCUUCUUUUCUUUCUAGUCUGCUUUCUCUGCCUGUCUUUUUUUCCUUUCUGUCUACUUUCCCUUUCUGUCUUCUUUUCCAUUUCUGUCUACUAUCCCUUUCUGUCUUCUUUACCAUUCCUGUCUACUUUCCCUUUCUUUCUUCUUUUCCAUUUCUGUCUACUUUCCCUUUCUGUCUUCUUUUCCAUUUCUGUCUACUUUCCCUUUCUGUCUUCUUUUCCAUUUCUGUCUACUUUCCCUUUCUGUCUUCUUUACCAUUCCUGUCUACUUUCCCUUUCUUUCUUCUUUUCCAUUUCUGUCUACUUUCCCUUUCUGUCUUCUUUUCCAUUUCUGUCUACUUUCCCUUUCUGUCUUCUUUACCAUUCCUGUCUACUUUUACAUCCUGUCUUCUUUCCCUUCUUGUGUCCCCAUAAUGAAAAAUAA